AAACUUACUACCUUUGGUAUCCAUGGGGAUUUGGUUCCAGGACUCCUUGGGGAUACACAAAUUCUCUGAUGCUCAAGUCCCGUGUAUAAAAUGGCGUAGAUCAAUGCAUACAGUCGGCUCUGCAUCCUUGGGCUCCCAAAUGCAGAUCAAAAACAGCACAGGUAUUUGUUGAAAAAAAUCCUAAUAUAUGUGGACCCGUGCAGUUCAAACUGAUAUUGUUUAAGGGUCUACUAUAGAUAUAUAUUUCAGGGAAAAAAAAGAUUAAGGCAGAACACACUAUAUCAAGUUAUGGGGGAAAGAACAUAAACUUUCAUAGAGGUAAUGCAGAUAAAUCUUCCCCAAAAUUAGAAAUCCAAGAAGUGUUUGUCAGUUCCUGUUAUAGUUGCUGAAGUGUAUGUCAUAAUAGGUUGCCAAGGAAGUUGUCGUACACAUGGAGUGAAGUACUUCCCAGUCAUCUUCAUCCCUUCGAGCAUGUUUUAUUUCUGACACCAGAAGCCAUCAUGGGAGACCUUUUUUCCUUAUUUUGGGAGGUGGAUCCUCCUCCCAUACCUUUAAGUUUUACCAUUCCAAAUCAAGAUUAUCAGUGCCGGAAGGAUGACUCCUGUGGGACCAUAGGGAGCUUCCUGCUUUGGUAUUUUGUUAUUAUAUUGGUCUUGAUGUUCUUCUCUCGGGCUUCUAUCUGGAUGUUUGAGAAGAAAAAGGAUGAAGACACUGGGACAAGCACUUCAGUAAGUAAAGCAAGCCAAGAUGCUUCCUAUAAGCGGCCAAACAAACAUGGUGUCUGGGACUCUUUACAAAUGAUGAAAAAACCGAAGCAGAGCCAACUGACCCCUGUAACUGACUCAGAAGUGGCUUUGGUCAAUGCCUGUCUUGAACAAAGACCAGCCAAGCAACAUUCUCAGUUCAGCCAGAUGACUCAGACCCAACCUGACAGCGAUACAACAGAGUAUGGCAGCGAAGAAUCUAACUCGGGAGCCUCCUCAUGGAAGGAGAGUGAAAGUGAGACCCCAUCGCCUGCCAGUAUUAAGAAGAGGAAAAAUAUAGCUCAGAGGCAAAAGAAUGUGGGAAGUUAUCAAAUCAGGGAAAGGCCCUGCCUCCACUGCCAAGCCAUGAGAACCAAUGAGUGGUUGAUACGCCAUUUCCUUCAAAACACUUCAGUAACAGUCCUAAUGAAGAGAGAGAUUCAAGAGGAAAAUUCUGUACCUGACAUUAAAACAAAAAUACAGUAAAUUUUGAAUUUCAUCAAAUCCAUACCUUACUU